AUGUACCGCAAGUCGUGUGCGUCAUCGGCAGCCUGCCUCAUCGCCUCGGCUGGGUACCAGUCCUUCUGCUCCCCAGGGAAACUGAACUCGGUGUGCAUCAGCUGCUGCAACACCCCUCUUUGCAACGGGCCCCGGCCCAAGAAAAGGAGCAGUUCUGCCUCGGCCCUUCGGCCAUGGCUUCCCAGCACCAUCUUGCUCCUCAAGAUAGCCCUUUUCUCUGCACACUGCUGA